AUGGGUAAAGAGGAUCUGAAGUUAGUCCUGCUUCUACUUGUCUUGACUCACCAUGUUGAUUCAGCCUCUAUCAUCAGGUCUCUUCCUGGUUUUGAAGGUCCACUUCCUUUCGAGCUUGAAACCGGAUACAUUGGUGUUGGUGAGGCAGAGGAAGUUCAAUUAUUUUACUACUUCAUCAAAUCUGAGAGGAAUCCAGAAGAAGACCCUCUUCUAAUCUGGUUAAGUGGAGGACCUGGUUGUUCUUCUCUCAAUGGGUUUUUACAGGAGAAUGGGCCUCUGGCUAUCAAGACGGAUGGUUACAACGGAGGCAUCCCUUCUUUGGUCUCUAAUACAUACUCAUGGACAAAGGUGGCAAGCAUAAUAUAUUUAGAUCAGCCUGUUGGGACUGGUUUCUCCUACUCAAGAACUCGGGUUGUUGAUAUACCAAGUGACACAGGAGCAGCUAAGACUGUCCAUGAGUUUCUUCAAAAGUGGCUAGGCAAGCAUCCAGAUUUUGUUUCUAAUCCUUUCUAUGUCACUGGAAAUUCUUAUUCUGGUAAGGUUGUUCCGGCACUUAUUCAAGAAAUCUUCGAAGGAGAUCCGGUAACAUACAUUGGUUUUGAUGUAAACUACCGGAUUCCAUUUGCUCAUGGAAUGGCAUUGAUUUCUGAUGAACUCUACGUGGCAUUGAGAACAAAAUGCAGAGGAAACUACGUAAAUGUGGAUCCUAGUGACGCAGAAUGUUUAAAACUCGUUGCAGACUACACAAAACUUAUUUCUGGAAUAAAUAUGGAUUCUGUAAUUACACCAAAGUGUGGGAAACUAUCUGCAUCUCCUGAUUGCUUUAGCUAUGCAUAUUUGCUAAUGUCGUACUGGGCCAAUGACAAUAGCGUGCGCAACACUCUUCAAGUAAUAAAGGGAAGUAUAGGAAAAUGGAAACGGUGUUCGUCUGGUGACCCUUACAAUAUGGAUAUUAUAAGUAGUGUACCAUACCAUAAGAAUAACAGUAUCAAUGGUUACACAUCUUUAAUCUUCAGGUAA